CGUAAAAGCCAAACUAUCAAGCCACCUCAGCGUUUCCAUUCCCACGAAUGCCUCCCGGGUUCUUUCUCUCCUCUCUGCUCAGCAGCAUUUUUGACAUCUCGAAGAGCUCCUUCGAAUUUCUCGAAGUUCCCCGUCUCCCAAAACCCUAGCUCAGGGGAUCCGGAGCCGGAAUCUCUUAUCGUAAUAACUUUCUUGUCAAUCCUGGGCUAUAUUAUUUCUCCGCCAUGAAUAUUUUCCGAUUAGCAGGCGACAUGACGCAUCUAUUCAGCGUCCUUGUUCUCCUCCUCAAGAUAUAUGCUACAAAAACUUGUUCAGGGAUUUCCCUCAAGACGCAGGAGCUUUAUGUCUUGGUGUUUUUGACACGUUACUUGGACUUACUCACGGUUUUCGUCUCGGUUUACAAUUCGGUAAUGAAGGUGGUGUUCAUAUCAAGCUCGAUUGCCAUUGUUUGGUGUAUGCGCGCGCAUCCACUGGUACGGCGGACGUAUGAUAAGGAGCUGGAUACAUUCCGUCACUACAUUCUUGUCGGUGGGAGUCUUGUGCUUGCGUUUAUCUUUCACGAUGAAUUUACUGUUCGGGAGGUACUUAAAACCUUUCUAGUCUAUGGACUCGCUUUUCCAAUUUCAUUGAGCUAUUAUUAUUAUUACUAG